UUACGAAAAUGUUGACAGUCAAUCAAACUGUAGUCGGCUUUUUGGUUUGUUAUUGUUGAAUAGCAGUGCUUUGUAGAAUUUAUAACUUAUAAAAAUGACAAAUUCCCGAAUCCUUAUUUUGAACGAGAAAUCGGUGAAUUUUACCCUGUUUUGUGUCAAAUGGGUGCCAUGCAGUGCUCGACUAGUCGUUUUAGGCUCCCACCCAAAAGGAACGGGAGUCUGGCAAAUAUAUAGUCUGUCUAAAGGAGAACUUGAGCUUAUUACCGAAGUUGAGAAACCACUUGCUAUCAAAUGUGGGACAUUUGCAGCAUCAUCUUUUGAAAACAGACACUUGGCCACUGGAGACUUUAGUGGGAAUUUGAAUUUGUGGGACUUGGAGAAACCAAACUCAGCAGUAUAUUCAGCCAUUGCACAUACUUCAAUAAUCAAUGAUAUUGAUGGGGUUGGGGGGAUAAAUGUUGGAAAAGGAGCAGCUGAAUUGGCUACUUGCAGUAGAGAUGGUUGUGUUAAGAUUUGGGAUGCACGUCAAAAAGACCGUCCAGUCGCUAUUCUUGAACCAGAAGAAGGUCAAACGCGACACGACUGUUGGACCGUAGCCUUUGGAGGUGCUUACAGUAGUUCAGAGAGACUUUUAGCAGCUGGAUUCGACAAUGGUGACCUCAAAAUCUUUGACUUGAAGACAAUGAAAGUUCAAUGGGAAACUAAUGUUGGAAAUGGCAUAUGCAGUAUCGAAUUUGACCGCAAGGACAUCGAGCAGAAUAAGCUGACUGUCUGCACUUUAGAUUCGCGUAUUUUUGUGUUUGAUUUAACCACAAAACAUCCCACUAAAGGUUAUGCCUUUGUCCGACAAAAAGCACACAAGUCAACAGUUUGGAGCGGUAACCACUUGACUCAGAAUCGAGAUGUUUUAAUGACUACUGGUGGGAAUGGAUCAUUGUGCUUAUGGCAAUAUGAAUAUCCAGCUAAAAGAAGCGCUAAAGCAACCGACGGGACUCUUGAGGGUGUUGCUGGUAACUUGAAAAUGAUUCAUGAAAUUGGAGUAGCUGAGCAACCAAUAACGUCCUUCAACUGGAACGCCGAUAAACUCGGAUUGGCUGCUAGUACCAGCUUCGACCAGACGUUGAGAAUCCUUGCAGUUACUAAACUUAACUGCCUUUGAUAUGCUCAAAAACUCUUAUUUAUAGAUAAUUAGCACUGUGUAUUUCACACUUUGCAGUGAUCUGGAAUUCAGUUCCGUUCGGAACUUCUGUGUCAUUGGUUCGAAAAUCUCUUAAUCAUUUCCAACCAUUCGUAAUCUAAAUUCUACCAUUGAACAUGGAUUGACCAUGGCCACUAUCAUUUUCUUUUUUUUUUUUUUUUUUUUUUGCGAUGAUUCAGUCGUAGUCGUAACUUAGUGAUCAGGUUUCUGACCUUUUUUCUAAUUGUGUUUUGUUCUGUUUAUGAGUUUGAAAUAUGGUAUGGUUAUUUUUCUGCCAAAAAUUAUUUGCAAUAAAAUCUGGAAAUGUGGAAA